AUGGAGUCUUUGGAAGAUACUCAGACCAAGGAUUCCAGGAUUUCAGGUUUCGGAGAGAAUGAUCCCUCUACUUGGAGUAUAGCUACCUCGAAAGGAGAGAAGUGGGGGAGAACUAGUAAGCAAAAAGUUAGAGGCCUUAAAGGGUCAAAGAAAAAGGAGUUUUGGAAUAGGGUAAACCCUAGUUUGGAUAGUGGUGCUGGUCCGAGUUCUGGUGUAGGUAGAUCAAAAUGUUUGAGCUGUGGAAGGCAGCAUAGGGGAGUCUGUCUUGCAGGGACAACAACAUGUUUCAGGUGUGGUCAGGAGGGGCACAUGGUUCGUGAGUGUCCUACUGCGCCUUGGAUGGCUCAAUCCCAGCAGACUUUUGCAGGUAGAGCAGCUCAGGUCAGUAGACAAGGAAGAGAGGCAAACACAUCUGACACGGAGGUGCCAGGGUACGUGUGA